GUCAUUCAGUAAAACAUCACCGUGUUUGUGAUUGUGGAGCGCAGACGUUUGGAUGCGCGCGAGCUGGACAGAUCGCCGAAACUUUGCGAAUAAACCGCAUAAUUAAUGAGUGUCAAAACUCGCUUUCAGGAGACAUUAAUCCUUCUUGUGUUAUGAGUCUACAAGAGAUUUAAGCGUCUUAACUUGUGGAUAAAAUACAGCACGGUUGAUUCGUCUUACGUAUUUGUGCAGGUUUCAUUCCAAAAGGCCAGACACAGAUCGACAAUGCGGCUCCUAUUUUCCCUGUCUCUUCUCAUUUUGUUUCAACUGCUGUGUUGGUCUCUGAGCAACGGAUGUCCUCAGAAUUGCACGUGUAGCCCCGAUGGCUACAAUUUCUGCAUCAACCGUAAAUUAGACAACAUUCCUCAAGGUCUCCCCUCCAACACCAAAAAACUCUACCUGUUUCAAAACAACAUCAACACCUUGCAACAGCAGGGUUUUGUACAGCUUGGGGAGCUACGAUUGCUGGACCUGAGUCAGAACGUCCUCAGUGAAAUCCCUGAUAGGGUCUUCAGUUCAUUGUCCUCCUUACACAACCUUGAUCUGUCUUCAAACCGCAUCACCCAUAUUUACAAAGACAGUUUUACUGGGUUGGUUAACCUGGAAAGGCUGUAUCUCUACAACAACAUCAUUCAGAGUAUUCACCCAGCUGCUUUUGAAGGACUGGAGAACCUACUGGAGCUAAAGCUUCAGGGAAAUCAGAUCAGUGUGUUGCCAGCUCUAGCACUGCCCAAACUGCUGCUCUUGGAUCUAAGUCAUAACACUAUCCCACCACCUGGACCUGAUGAUCUACAAACGCCACACCUUGAGUCCCUUAAAAUAGCUGGACUGCGUCUGAGCAGUCUGGAUGAGGGACUGUUAAAAAGCCUGGCGAACUUGCAUGUUCUGGAUGUUUCUCAGAACCAGCUUGUGGGGAUACAAUCUACUCUCAAGGCAAUGACAGGCCUACAACGUCUUAAUUUGGGGAACCCUUUGGGCUCCCUUAGCAAAGAAGACUUUGAAAAUCUGAGUAAUCUGAUAGAACUUGACUUGAGCAACCUUAAUUUGCAAGGGUUCCCUGAAGGCUUCUUUACCAUUUUCCCCAAACUUGAGACACUCGCUGUGGCUGAAAACCCCUUUAACUGCAUCUGUCCCCUGGCCUUGUUUCCAGCAUGGGUGAUGGAUUCAAAAGUUCAGUUGUUGAGAAUGGAGGAGACUCGUUGCCACUUUCCUCCGAUCAAUUCAGGAAAAGUUUUAGCAAAGUUGGAGCACAAGGAUUUUGGCUGCCCAACGACGACUAUUGAAUUAACAAGUGCAAGGACUAGGACCACCAAUAAGCCAUCAAACCCCACCACACCGUCAACUACAACGCAUGCCAUUCCCCCUCCACCACAAAGUGAGGUGCACUCCGCAGAACUAGACAGUCACCCUCCUUUCCAGACCACUCCCUUGCCCACCAACUUUAAAGAAGAAGUGCUAAUGUGCCCUCCCAACAUCUGUUUAAAUGGUGGAACAUGCAUGUUUGACUCAAAUGGGAAAAUGAUUUGCCUGUGUCCACCUCACACGUCAGGAUCCUACUGCGAAAGUCAAAAUGAAGCUCAGCCUCCCCCAGCUUCCCCAAGAAUUUCCAUUGAGACCAUUGCUACAGUCCAGCCCAAAACAAUCAGCUCCCAUCAUGUAACCAGCACUUCCAUUACAUUAGACCUUCACCGCUACAUAGAGUCACGACCACACAUCCGUGGGAUUCGCUUGACUUAUAAGAACUUGUCCGGCCCUGACCGCAGGCCUAUGCAGCUAAAUGUCCCUGCAUUCUACCACGAGUACACGCUUAGAGGGCUUCAACCUAACAGCACCUAUUCCGUAUGUGCAAGCCCACUGGGGGAACCUACUCAUGCUUCCAUUGCUGCAUGCAUGGAGACUCACACAGCAGAAAGCCGGACAUACCAUGAGCCCACCGUUGACAAGACCGAACCAUCAUCCCCCCUUAUACCCAUCAUGGUAGCUGUGGCUGUGGUGAUAAUUGCAGCAGUUGUAGCCACUGUGUUGAUCAUCCACUGCAGGAAGAAGUCCAAGGCUGCAGUAGAUCUGCAUUUACAUGAAACAUCCCCUCUUGAGUUGGAAGGAGUAAAGGCAAGUCUAGAGAAUGGGGUGACGCAUACAAAGCAACCCGAUAUCACCAAUUGCCCACACUUAGUCCUUAACGGUUUGGAUUAUGAAGCACCAUUAAUACAAGGACAAUGUCCGUCUAAUAACAAUGUAGGCGGCAUGAAACCCUCAUACAUGUAAAAGCCAUAAUGUGCUAUUCAUACCUCCAGUCCAUAAUAGAGCGCAGUACUGUGCUCUGUGACUCCUGCGGGCGGGUGCGAUGCAGAUACUAAGUAGACCCUGAUGGGUUGGUGAACAUUUGAAUGCAUCCCAGCCAAAUGCCUUUUCGUACUGACUUUCAGUAUUCAAACUAGGUGCAUUUCUGUCAUUUUCUUCCAAAAAUGUUAGAUCUAAAUGAGAACUUCUCUCAAAUGAAAGAAAUGUCCCUGGGAUAUAAAACAAGUCGCUUUUGAGGUAGCUCCUUAACUGUGUAGCUGGACCUUAUGGAUACGAGUCAAGAUAUCUUGCCUGGACGCCUGGACUUUUCAGUCCAGAGAAUAUUGCACUGAUCAAAAACACUGGGACUGUGCCUAAGGGGUGCUUGUUAGCCUUACCUCUUGGAAGAUGCUACAAAGUGGUUUCGAGCAGCAUCAAAGCAUCCCUCUUUUCCCUUUACCCCAUCCGUCCUGCACAUGAGAUUAUUUGCUGUGAAAAACCCAUAAUGAAGUGACACUUUUCUACUUUUAGUUUGUACAGUUUAUGUUAAAUCUGAUGUUUUAUUAAUGUCUGCUUUUGUAUUUUUAAAUGCCUUUUUUUCUGUUUAUUUCUGUUGAAACCAGGGUCCAAAAUGUACACUUACCAAGAGUAAAUUUGGCUUUUAGGAGCAAAUGAAAUGGAAAUGGUUCAACAAGAGAUUGAGACUGGCUCAUCUCAUAUCAUACUUUAAGAAAAUUAUGUAGAAAUCACAUUCCCAUGAGGACAAAACUAUAUAUAGGAUGUGAAAUAUUUUAGUACUAGGUACUAGUAAGUAAGAAAUGUUUAUGGCAGGUACAUUCCCUAACCAUUACCAAAUGUUAAUUUUGGAUCCUGCAAACGACUAAAUGCCUUUUCUUUCCUUCUCCUGACCUUAAAAAUAAACUGACUAUACAUGUGCUAAGUCUGCAUGUCGCUGUCCAGCCAACGUCUGGCAAUGAAACACUUUGCGAGACUAUAAACACCCACAGUCAUUUUGACCUCAAACAAAUUCCACACACACGCACUAACAAACAGGCAAGUACUAUAUAUGGAGAUGGAUAACAAACACUUUCAACAAAGCUGUUUUUUGACGUGCCAACUUUCUAAAAAUGUCCCGUAGCCAUGAUAUAAACGAGAGAGAAUCUAGGGAGCAAGGCUUCAAAGCCAGGUUUUGUUGUUGUAUGUGUUGCCAAACUGAGCCCAGUUUAUGCCACAACCAAGCCAGAUGGCUCUGAUCACUAGACUGCAAAAAACAUACAAAAGUGCUGGUGGUGCCAUGGUAUCUGAUGGUAAUACCAUGGUACUUUGAUAUAUGCAUACAGUGUAUCUUAAAAUAGGAUUACCAUGGUAUUUUUGUGUCCAAUCAAAAACUGAGAAGUGUAAUUAUAUUGUGCCCCUGAAGUGGUUAAUUUAAAGAACCAAAUCCUUUAAUUUUGAAAGAAAAAAAGAAUCAUGGUAUACUGUCAGAACAAAUGGUCAAAAAUUGUACAUUUAAGUACAGAUUUUUAUAUAUGAAGAGUUUGGUUCCAAAACGCGAUAAACGCCAUUUAAAAAAAUUACCGCCAAAAUCAGUAUUGUAUCAGGUCAGUAUUAAAAAGUAAAUUCUUAAUUUUACGGAAAAUCCAAUAUCCACCGUAUUAUGUCAUUUUUUCUCCUUUUUUCCCAAAACGCGAUAAACGCCACUUCUCUUUUUCUGCAGAAUGCAAUAAAUCCGCUCCACAAAUCACAGCGCACCAUUCCACGCAUUGUAAACAACAAUGGCGGCGCUUAAAAUACACACAGAAUCCUAGUUUUCCUCAUCUACUUUGUACUUCGUGAUCGACAAACAAACAAAAACAAAAUAAUACUUUUGAUGGCAUUGAUAAACCUGUGGUGGUUUUCUGUGACGGGGAAGAAACGUAAGCCAUCAAAAUCGAAUAAUUUACGCGCGAGGCACUCGGGCGAAGGAAAAAUGCCGUCUGUUGCUUGUUCUCACACGACAGCAUCAAGCUUCUGUCAUGCUAACACAUUGACCCCAGAGGAUCUUAUGAAAAACUUUACAUUAUUUUACUCGAAGUCAACGAAAAUCGAGCAGGACCAAAACAUUUUACAGCUGAUCGCUGUCAAAAAAGUUAAGCGACGACGUCCUAAGGAUGACCGCAGCAAUGACAGUGUUCUUAAUAUGACAAAGUAAGUGUUUUGAUUAAUGCCAUUAAUGUUUAUUUUUUUAAUCAGUGUAAACCACUAGUCAACUAAAUGAAUAUAACAUGGUAAAGAUUAAUGCACAUUUAUAUAUUGAUUCAAUAGAUUUAUAGCAUUUUGUAAAAAACACUUGUCGUGGAUUUAUUGCAUUUUGUGGAAAAAAUAAUCAGUUUUUAUAAUAAAUCAAAUUAUGGAUUUGAAUUUUUUUAUGUCUUUAUAAACCUAAAGAUGCUAUGUGAAAGUUUGUAACAGAAAAUAGUGGUUUUCAUCUCGUCACUUUCUUGGUAUAGAAAACACAUUUUUACCAAAAUUAGUCAAAAUAAAUUGCGUUUUGGAACCAAACUCUUCAUAUUUAAUACCAAUAUGUACUUUUGGGGUACUAUUAUGUAUUUUUUACUUUUGGAAAAGGGUACUGCUCCAGUUACAGCUAGUGACCAUUUUGUCUGACAGUGUAUGUUUAUUUUUAUAAAAGGAGAUUGAUUUCAGUGACUGAAAAGAAAGAUUGAAUGUUUUAUUGUGGAAUUGCACGGUUAUGUGCAUUAUCUACUAGUUGUGUAAGGAAUGGAGGCAAAACUCAAAUCGACAUUUUCCCCAAUGGCAACAAUCUUGUUUUUUAAUAUUUAUGACAGUAUGAAGUAUGUGCACUGAAGACGCCAGCGCUUAGCACAUCCAAACAUUCAAACUGGAAAGAGAAGCAACUUUACACAGCAUGAUGGGCUUCAGAUAUUUGAAACAUUUUCAAACCUCUUUCAAGUUCCAUGCUUACUUUGGGAUGAUUGUUGUUUUUGUCUUUUAUUGUGCACAAAGCCAAGUUUUGUAUUUUUUAUUUUUGGAUGUAAAAAUGUGUAUUCUUUUUUGACAUCUGUUGAAAAAAUAAAACAGAAAAAA